AGUUGCGCCGCUCUCCCGGAAGCGGAGGGCGGUGCGACCUGUCAUGGCGCUGCCCGGUGCCCCCGCUCCGGCUCCGGCCGCUGCCGCGGGGCCGCCGCCGCCUCCCACCGUGUUAAUGGCCGUUCGGGCGGGGUUGGCGAAGCCCUGUCGCCUCCCGACCCUCUCCGCCGCCUCCGCGCUCCGCCUGCAGCUCAGCGUCCAACCCGACAGCGGUGGGAAGCGCCGGUUCCGCCUCGGGCUGCGGCAAACGGAGCCGCCCGGAGGCGAGAACUUCACGGAAUACAACCUCUCGGAUGUCACCUACCGAGUGCGGAGCCCCACGUGCCACGAGCUGACGGUUUCCGGCUCUCCGGAUGAUCCCGUGGUCUUAAACUUCGAGGAAGAACGAGAGGCGCAGAAGUGGUGGACGAUCGUUAGCAGUUCCCUCCGGGAAGUUCAGAAAGCUUCUGACAGCGCGACGGCGUCCCAGACCUCAUCCGUUCCGACCGCGGCCACCGCCGGCUCUGCCACGGAGAAUCCAGAGGUGGAUGUGACCUCAGAGCUCUCCAAGAAAGAGGACUUAACGCUCCAACUUGCCGAAGCCAUCGAGUACGGAGACGAAGAAUUGGCCGCUCAGAGCGCCGUGGCUUUGGCGCGUCAACAAGCCACGCUCCGUAUCCUCUGGAAAGAAUCCAACUACCCUUCGGAUUAUAUCUGCAUGAAGGUCGGUGUGGAGGACGCGACGUCUUCGGUCAACAUCACCAUCAGAGUCCGCGCUCACACGACCAUAGAGGCACUCAAGCAGCAGAUCUUCCGCGAUUAUGGUUUCCACCCUUUGGUUCAACGCUGGAUCAUCGGCCAAUGUUUAUGCGUGGACCAACGGACCAUUGCAUCCUACGGAAUCCGUCGGGAUGGCGACAUGGCGUAUCUCUACCUCCUCACGGCGAAGGCGGCCGAGCUGACGGAGGAACGCUACGAGGAGGACCAAGCGCGGAUGUUGCUCAACUCCAUCUCCUCUCCCAUCGAAACCUCUGCCGAGAAGCGCAAAUACAACACGAUGCCCAACAGGACCUCCAAAACAGGCUUUGGGAAUGACACCAACAGGAAGAUGGACAUCACGGAGAUCGGCCAAAACCUGGAUGCGCUACAGCUCGGAGACCUCAGUGCUCAGCCGGUUGCCGCCAAUCCGCCCUCUCCGGUGCAGACGGGUUGGUCGUGUCCGAAAUGUACUUUCAUCAACAAACCGACGCGUCCGGGCUGUGAGAUGUGCAGUACGGAUCGUCCGGAUGAUUACACGAUUCCCGGCGGAUACACUCCGGAUGAGACGGAACUUUGGAGGAUGCAACAGGAACAGGAAGGGAUCCGUCAAUACCAGCAGGCGUUGGAGGUCAAACGUCGGGAGAACUUCCAGGAACUUCUGGAAUUGGAACAGGAGGUUUUGGUGCCCAAUCGAGAGGAUCUCGAAUGUCGUAUUUGUUUCCGGAACGUUCCACCGGGAGAAGGAGUUCUACUGCGCGAUUGUCUCCACAACUUCUGCCGAGAGUGUCUCCGGCAAUUGAUCAACUACAGUGAGGAACCGGUGGUGGGAUGUCCGUUCCGGGAUGACUCCUACGCCUGUGGAAGUCAUCUCCAAGAGAGGGAGAUCCGAGCGUUGGUGACUCCGGAGGAGUACCGGCGUUUCCUGGAGCGCAGCCUCGUCGUUGCCGAACGCCGCAGCGCCGACAGUUUCCACUGCCGAACGCCCGACUGCCGCGGGUGGUGCAUCUGCGACGCCUCCGCCAACGAGUUCCGAUGUCCCAUCUGCAACGCCCUCAACUGUCUCCUCUGCAAGGCCAUCCACGAGGGUCGGAGCUGUCGGCAGUACCAGGAGGACCUCGAGCCGCGGUCGCAGGAGGACGCGGCGUCGCGGCAGACUCAGGCCAUGCUGCAGGGAUUGGUGAGACGCGGGGACGCCGUGCGGUGUCCCGGCUGCGCCGUUGUGCUCCAGAAGAGGGACGGCUGCGAUUGGGUGCGGUGUCGCCUCUGUCACACCGAGAUCUGCUGGGCCACCAAGGGACCGCGCUGGGGACCCGCCGGCCCGGGGGACACGAGCGGCGGCUGUCGGUGCAACGUGGACGGGCGGCGCUGUCACCCCGAGUGCCACAACUGCCACUGAACCCCCCCGCGGACACCCCCAAGAGCCGGAACGGAGUCCCCGGGGAGCCGGAACGGAGCCUCCCAGGAGACCCCGAAGAGCCGGAACGGAGCCUCCGAGGAGACCCCCGAAGAGCCGGAACGGAGCCUCCGAGGAGACCCCCGAAGAGCCGGAACGGAGCCUCCCAGGAGACCCCGAAGAGCCGGAACGGAGCCUCCGAGGAGACCCCCGAAGAGCCGGAACGGAGCCUCCCAGGAGACCCCGAAGAGCCGGAACGGAGCCUCCGAGGAGACCCCGAAGAGCCGGAACGGAGCCUCCGAGGAGACCCCGAGGAGCCCGAACGGAGCCUCCCAGGAGACCCCGAAGAGCCGGAACGGAGCCUCCGAGGAGACCCCGAA